AUGGGUCUGGAGCUCUACCUGGACCUGAUGUCCCAGCCCUGCCGGGCCGUCUACAUCUUCGCCAAGAAGAACGACAUCCCCUUCCAGCUGCGUACCAUAGAGUUGCUCAAAGGUCAGCAUUACACUGAUGACUUUGCCCAGGUGAACCCCUUGAGGAAGGUGCCAGCUUUGAAGGAUGGGGACUUCAUCUUGGCAGAGAGUGUGGCCAUCUUGCUGUAUUUGAGUAGAAAGUACAAGGCCCCUGACCACUGGUACCCUCAGGACCUUCAGGCUCGAGCUCGUGUCGAUGAGUACCUGUCUUGGCAGCACACAGCCCUCCGGAGUUGUUGCACCAGGGCCAUGUGGCAGAAGAUGAUGUUCCCUAAGUACCUGGGCCAGCCGGUAGCCCCUGAGACGUUGGCAGCCACUUUGGCUGAACUGGACAGGUGCCUGCAGAUGCUGGAGGACAAGUUCCUGCAGAACCAGGCCUUCCUCACGGGAUCCCAUAUCUCCGUGGCUGACUUGGUGGCCGUCACGGAGCUGAUGCAUCCUGUCAGUGCUGGCUGCAAAAUCUUCGAGAGCCGACCCAAACUGGCUGCGUGGCGUCAGCGUGUGGAAGCUGUGGUGGGGGAGAAACUCUUCCAGGAGGCCCAUGCAGUUGUCCUGAAGGCCAAGGAUAUGCCUCCCUUGAUGGACCCUACCUUGAAGGAGAAACUGAAGCUUUCCCUUCAGUGUCUGUUGCAUUGA